UGGAGCCGCCGUUCAGAGCAGCGCGGAGCACAUCACGCCGGAGAAAAUGCCUGGUCCUUGAUGCUCUGCUGAGUAUGGGAGUAUUGUUGUAGAGCAGGAGGCAUGGAGCCUUGAAAUACCGCUGUUAUAGCCRUGCUUUCUGGGGAUUAGGACUCUUCUCAGCGCCAGGACCUACCAGCAGCCAUGGAAGCAGUGCUCAUCUUCCUGUGCUCCCUGUUGCUGCCAGCGGCUCUCACGGACGUGAGCACUGAGGAGAAGGAGAAAGAUCCCUUUAACUAUGACUACCAGAGCCUGCGGAUCGGGGGGCUGGUGUUCGCCGUGGUCCUCUUCACCGUGGGCAUUCUCCUUAUCCUCAGCCGCAGGUGCCGCUGCAGUUUCAGCCAGAAGCCCAGGGCGCCAGGGGACGAAGAGGCUCAGGGCGAGAACUUAAUCACCGCCAACGCCACGGCAGCGCCGAAAGCGGAGAACUGAGCGCCGGCCGCGCGCCCCGCAGAGGCGCGGACGGGUGCGGGCACUCCCGCGAGGAGGCUGAAGCCGCAGGCCCUCUGAGGUGAUGCAACGACGCUGUGUCCAUGUUCCCCUCCGUACUCCGACUUCUGUCUCUGCCAUCCCGGCCGAGCUCACCGUCCUCUCUGCCUCCAGUGCCGUGUGACGUUGGUGUCAGGCGACCGUUCCCUCUAGGGCUAGUUGUUGCUGCUGUUGUAGUCGUGACUCCCUCCUCACCUGUCUCGUGCUGUGAGUGUGACGGGCUGUGAGGGCGGCGCGG